AACUCCGACGCAGUCUGUAGGCCGGCGCAAGCGAGCACGCGCGGCUUCGUGAAUCGAACAACUUAUUUAUUUUUUAUCAAAUCAGUGAUUUAUGUGAGGACAAUUAACAAUUUUGACCUGAAUACACAAUGAUGUUAGAAGGAACAAAGAUCAAAACCCACUCCCAAAUGGCCAGCGUAUUCGACAUUGCCAAAGACACGGUUCUUUUCCUGGUGUUGUCCUGCUACUACAUCUUGGAAUCGCUGUUUUGGACCUUAGUGCCUAAUGCAAUAAGGCCCAUGAAGAGUCUGAAGGGGGAUGUGGUGGUGGUCACAGGCGGAGGAGGGGGGGUGGGGCGGCAACUGGCGGUCAAGCUGGCGAGACUUGGAGCGAAGGUCGUCGUGUGGGAUAUAAACUUAGAAGGUUUGCAAAAAACAUGCCAGGCUGUGAUGGAUGAGGGCUAUGAAAUUGUGAGUCACGUAGUGGACCUGGCAGACAGAGCUGCGGUCUACGCUACAGCUGAAAAAGUCAAGAAAGAGGUAGGCAAAGUGGACUUGUUGAUCAACAACGCGGGCACAGUGUUCGGGGACACGAUCCUGGAGCUGACAGACUCUGCGAUAGAGACCACCUACAAAGUUAACAUCCUCUCGCACUAUUGGACAGUGAAGGCGUUCCUCCCAGACAUGAUCAAGAGCGGCAAGGGGCACAUCGUGACGGUGGGCUCGGUGGCCGGCCUGCUGGGCACGUAUCGCUGCACCGACUACAGCGGGACCAAGUUCGCCACCGUCGGCUUCCACGAAAGCCUGUUCACAGAAUUGAGGGCCCACGGUCACAACACCAUCCACGCGACACUGGUGUGCCCUUACUACAUCAACACGGGGAUGUUCGACGGAGUCACCCCGCGGCUUAUGCCCAUGCUGGAGCCCGACUACGUCGCGGAGACCAUGAUCGACUCCAUCCGCAAGAACGAAGUCAACUGCAUCAUGCCUGGUUCUGUGCGAUACCUCCUGCCGCUUAAGUGCCUUCUCCCCGCCAAGAUGUGUUGGGACCUGAUGCACCGAGUGAUGAAGGGGCCACAAGCCAUGAUGGAAUUGAGGAAGAAGCCCACAGUAGCAGCCGGAUAAACUUAGCUUUAUGACGAAAUAUCUUUCAAUACUGUAUCCCAUACAUUUAGCAUAAAAGGGAUAAACUAAAAUAAUGAUAAAAUGAAUAAUUAACCAAGCCCAGUCGAGUAGAUACGAUUUUUAGAACAAUUUUUCCUCAAACGCGAAAAAAUAGUAAUUUAACAAAAUUUUAAGAUUAUGACUAUGUUUGCGUAUAGAUUACUUUGAUAUAUGUCACAGAGUGAUGAAUGCAUGCAUGAAUUUGUGGGUAAUAAAAAAGACUGAAUGAAAUACAUAUUUUGAAAUGGGAUCACUUAGGUUAAGUAUUAAAAUUAAUUAUUGCAGAAA